AUGUGCGUGAAGCGGAGGAAUUGGGCCGAAGCACUGGUAAACGGAUAUAUAAACGACGGGUACGGGGCGUAUAAACUCAUCGACCUACACUUCCGACUCUCCUCGAGGAGUAUUUCUCUCAUCUAUUCAUUUAGCGCACACCGCAUCGAGUCACCAUCCAUUUACAUCGCAUUCACGCACAUUCACGACCACAAUAUGCCACUAUUUUCAAAACGGGUCUCGGAUACAUGUACCGUGGCUGUGGAGGUGGGGGAGCUCCACAUCACAGUCCAUUUCAAGUUGGACGACCAAGUGCGCAGAAUCUACGUGCAUCCAGACAACAUCGUUUUAAAGACCGGCAAGAAGCCCUGGGCCGAGAGGGUUGGUGAUGAGUAUACGUUCAACCAGAACGCAUACAAGGCUCGUGAAUCGAUCAGGUUGUUGUGCCAGGCACUUCAAGUUGGCAAGGCAGACCGAGCCAGUUGGCAACAGUUGACUGUGGAUCAGGUUAUGGCGUCGAUGUGUGAGGAGAUAGAGAUGUCGAUUACUCUGUGGACGAGGAUUAAGAAAUGGGUCAAUGGUGUGGUAUCGGAGCUGGUGAGACGCACGAGACUUGCUGUGGGUUACCAUAGUACCGCUGGGGGCAUAGCAUGGAUUGGAGAGGCAUAA